GAUGAUACGCGUGUAGUAGUACACGGAGACACUGACUAUGUCAAUGCAAGCUAUAUAGACGGUUUCAGGAAACGAAAUGCAUAUAUAGCUACUUUGGGUCCAACUGCUAAGCAGCUGGGCGAUUUCGGUCAAUUCUGGCGAAUGGUCUGGCAACAAAAAGUGGAGAAGAUUGUUAUGGUGACCAACUUGGUAGAGGGUCAGGAAACCAAAUGUGAGCAAUAUUGGCCUGAUCAAUAUCAAAGUAAAUUAUACGGCGAUAUAGAAGUUGUGUGCACGUUUGAAAAACUGUAUGCAGAUUUCAUUUGGAGACAGUUUAGGUUUUCAAUGGGUAAACAGAAUAAAGAAGAAAGAAAUCUGCAUCACCUUCAGUUCACAGCGUGGCCAGACAGGAUAUUCCUGAUAACGUCACAUCGAUUAUAGAGUUUAGACAGAAAGUGAACGCCUUACCGACUACCUUUGACGGACCAGUUAUUGUGCAUUGCAGUGCUGGCGUAGGAAGAACAGGAACCUACAUAGGUCUAGACGUUCUGACCAAAGAGGGUGAGGCAGAAGGAGCUAUUGAUAUCCCGGGAUGUGUUCUCAAAAUGAGACAGAACAGACCCAACAUGGUUCAGACUUUGAAUCAAUACAAGUAUCUACACCAAGCUUUGGUCCAUUCAUUGACCCUUGAUUGUUCAUUGAUAAAAAUAGACUACUUCCAUGACUUUAUGCAUAUGAUGUCCAGCAAACAGGAGAUACAGAAGCAGUUUGAGAAAAUGCAGUUACACCAGGAGCAAAAGUCUGACAAGGAACUACAGGCUACGGAAAAGAAUCGGCUUCUGAUAAAAAAGAACAGAAAACACGCAGAUAUACCAGGUGAUGCCAACAGACCACGUCUUUAUUUGUUUUUGAACUUAGGCGAAUCUGAUUAUAUCAAUGCGAUAUACAUCAACAGUUUCAAAACAAAAAACCGCUUCUUGGUUGCACAAACACCGCUGCCUGAUACAGUCUCCGAUUUCAUCGCACUUGUUAUUCAAGAAAACUGCUCCUGUAUUGUCAGUAUGGAGACACAGGGGAAUGGCUUGUACGUUCCUGGUGACAAUCAAUCAUUGAUGAAAGGUGUGAUUUCCAUAUUUUCAACAAGAUAUCAAAGUACGAGACUCUUUGUAAAAAGAAUGCUGCAUUUUAAGCACGACGGAAAGACCAAGUCGGAGGUGAGAAUACCACAUUAUGAAUAUUUGGAUUGGGAUAGAAAUCACAAUACUCCGAAGUCAGCAGAACAUUUUGUUUCUUUCAUCAAAGAGGUUGCAGACGCGUCCAAAUCAUCUCACUUGAACGGACCGAUAUUGGUGCAUUGUAUGAACGGAGCUGGAAAGAGCGGACUUGCAUGUGUUGUCUCGACAUUACUUGAAACACUGAGUGAAGAUAAUGAAGUCAGUGUGGUCAAUGCGGUGAGGAAAGUCAGAGCAAGACGACCACUUUCCAUUCCAAAUAAGGAACAAUUUUACUUUUGCUACGAGUGUGUUCUCCAAUCCUUGAAUGCAACAGAUACUGCUGUGUAUUACAACACAAGUGCGGAUAUCAAGAGGAUAUGAACACGGCUGAGUAUGUUGGAACAAUGAACGUCGAUGUGUUGACCUAUUCAAGAACACAUGAAUAUUUACACGCUAGUGUUCAUCUGUAUAUCUAAACAUUGUUUUGUGAAUAUUAUUGUAAAUAUAUGCAAAAGUAGAUGCAGUAAGUGUUGCUUUAAUGUUUUCUAAUCGCAUUGUACAUUAUUAUUAUUAUGUUGUUUACUAUAUAUAUAUUUUGUAUUAUGCUGGAUGUCAUUGAAGAAGGCACUUUGAAUACACAAUAAAUGAGAAACGUGUACAAAACCGUCACAGCAA